CUUGUUACAUAAUAAAUGGCAAAAAAGCUCCAACAACAGUCUACGAAAGCCGCCACAACAACCACCACAGUUCAGAUCAACGACUUCGGUUGGCCUUUACCCGACUGCCCGCGACCGAUCACUUACAGUCCAGUCGUAGAUUUGAGAAGUAGUGCUUCGAUCAUAAUUUCAAGCGUGAAGAUGAAAGUGUUGACCGUUUCUAUGAUUGUGACCUCGAUUUGCUUUCAGACGAUCGCUGCCCUGUGGUGCAUGCAAGGUGCUACCGUAGACAAAAAUGGCGACAAAUCCACGGGAAACGAGGUGGAAAAGAUGCCCGAAGUGGCCGAAUGCGGCGCGGGAGUGGCGUUGGCCUCGACGGCACUGCUGUUCGCGGUGAAGCCCAACACGAUCAGCUUCCCAUCGGGAGAUUACAAGUGCUACCACCUGAAGUAUGAGGACAAGAACUCGGAUGCGUCGACCAUCAUCAAGGGUUGCAUCUACAGCUCGCUGAACGUUUGCGAUGGAAAGUUUACCUCGAAGAAAACGAACGAGGUGUUCUGUAGCCAGUGUAGCGAGGACGGGUGCAACUCCGGGGGACGGUUUGGGUCGAGCUUGACGCUGCUCAGUUUGGCCGUGGGGCUGGCGUACCUGUUGAGGUAGUGUGGUUGGCUUGUUAUUUUGAAUGACAAUGCUUAUAAAUAAGGGAGCAAGAAGACAGGACAUAUCGAUACUCCACAAUUUGAACUGUAUCAGAAUAAACGAAAACUCUGUUGAGUUAGAAUCCGGCGUA